AUUUCAUGUUGUUAUUUGCAGAAAGUUUGUGUUGUUUGGAUCGAACAAGACGAUUAUUCCAAAAAUGCCUGAACCGAACAGUAACGAGGGAAACAACACCAACCAGUAUAUGCGGCUGCAACAGUCACAGCUGAUUCGCGCAAACAUACAGAACAUUUCCCAGUUUCUCAAUACCGGGCUCAGCCCGGAAACCCUGGACAUUUGCAUCAAACUGCUAGAGGCCGGCGUUCACCCACAGGCGCUUUCGGAGGUCGUAGUACAAAUUCGCAACCAGGUCGCUGCUAUCAAUAAUGGAGCAACGGAGGAGUAGAAUGUAAUAAAUGUUUAUUUGAAGCAAAAAAUGGAUCUAGUCAAAGCGCGACAUAU